UGCAGGGAUAUUUUUUCCGGGCUCUCAGAUACGCACAGAUAUUUUAUCAUAUAUAUUUCUUUCAUCCCUGUUUCGAGUACUCUACUCGACACAGUACUCGAGUACUGUACAGUCAAACCUCGCUGUCCCAGAAUUCGAUGAUACGGAUUCCUCGCUGCCCCUUACGAAAUCCUGCAAAGUCAAAAACUUUUCACACCAAACUUGAUCCAUUGUCCCGAAUCACUAGUCAUCACGGAUAAUCUCUUCGGAUUUUGGUCGUCCUGGGUGAAGAGGUGCGACUGUGCUUGUCCCAAGCCGUAAGUACCGUACUCGAGUACAGAGUAUAAGCAUGUGUGUAUAUCUGGGUCUGCGUCUGCGCUUGUGUCCCUUUUCAGCACUCGUGGUGCGAGUGUGAGAUCAUGAAUGCUGGUGGCGAUCAUGGAACUCAGGGAGAUGGAUGGAGUACUUGUACCGUAGGCUGGCCAAGUGUGGUACUCGUACUGUACCGGCAUGUGGGAUGUGGAAUUCCCGGGCCGUUUUUGGGAGUCUAUCGGACUCUCCCUCACAAAUGUGGUCUGGAUAUCGGUGCGACCUUGGCCGACGGGUGGCAAGUUCUGCUGCUACGAAUGCAGCAUUGGAUGCGAGGCUAACUGAUUCGAGCGGGAGGGUGGGGAUGGAUGUCGGCCAUCUCGCCGACCCAGAGCGCGAUGGGAUUGGCUCCUAGAUGCAGGGGUGGCCCCCUCCCCUGUGCGGCCUGAUACUGGUGGAUACGGUGCAGUCAGGUCACUGGCAUGGAAACGAAUUGCUGUCGUAAUCUGGUUCAGAAGCUACAUCCAUCUACUCUCGUACGGUACAUACACUCCGGUAUCAUACCCAUUACUUCACCCGCAGCCUUACCCUACCGACACGACUCUCCCAUCUCUCCCUCCGCUAUUUGCUCUUUCCCUUUCUCGUCCACUCAAACCGUAAGGGGUCGGCUGUCCCACUUGAAAUCUUUUGUUGGCUAUGUUAUAAGUGUUGGUCCGUUGCCAGAAUAUAGGGGGGGAGGAGGAAGGGAAAUCUACUUGCAGAAGCAAAGCAGCCUCCCCCCCCCCACAAAUCAAUCUCACAGUUGGCUUACUAACUCCUCACCACCCUUACUCCUCGUUCUCGUCUUCGUCUUCGUGCUCGCUCUCAUAACCACCUCGCUCCCCUCCGCUCUUCCAAGCACGAAUCGAAUCCCGUAAGGAAGAUUUGCCUCUUUUCCUCUCGCAUACGGUUCACCCACGCUUUCUCUCUCGUUCCGUUUUAUUUUUAUUCCCCUUCAUUGAAAGAAAAAUAAUAAUACCCGUUUACCCUCCCCCGCUUGACCACACAGAUGCCUCCCAAACGCAGACACACCAAAUCUCGAAACGGCUGCAUGACAUGUAGAAGGCGAAGGGUGAAGGUAAAUGACAUUCCCAUGUUUGUCAAUUAUACCAUACCAAUGCGGUGGUGGUGGGUUAGGAUGGCCGAUUGGGCUGACGGUAGACGAACGAGCUCUCUAGUGUGAUGAAAUCCGGCCGAUAUGUACAAACUGUACCCGCCGGGAACUCGAUUGCAUGUACGCCGCUUAUUGCCCUCCUGGUCGACCUGGCAUUUCUUGUGCCCGCUCUUCCCCUUCUGCUUCCUCCUCUUCUUCCCCCUCAUCGACUUGUCCACCUUCUCAAGCCGUCGUUCCACGACCACGGGCGCUGCCGCUGUUGCUGCAGUGCCAGACCCCUGCUUCGACUAAGCCCCGCAAGAGCGGUAGCACCAGCAGUUCGGUAGUAGACCCGCUAACAGCACUCGCAAAGCAAUUGGAUUCCAUCCUACUUGGCACCCAGUCAAAGACUCCUUCUCCUCUCCCUCGAAUUUCACUAUCGAGAAAGGAUCUGGACAACCUGAGCCUCUUGCACCACUUUACGAUAGAAACACACCGCUCCUUAACAAACGAAGGAGCUGUGGAGGUGUUUAGGACUAAACUUCCAAGGAUAGCUCUACAAAACGAAUUGACCAUGCAUGCCCUCCUGGCAGUUACAGCACUGCAUCUGAGCAGUACCCUGGAGGCACCCUUAGCCGCAUCACGCUACCAAAUUAUUGCAGCCGGCCACUACGAUCGGGCGCUAAGUUCUUUAAGGACCGCCAUCCUCGAGCGGUCACAAAACGGGGAUGCCAUAUUUGCAGCGAGCACAAUGAUAGCAGUCCACGGUAUCGCCUGCCAGGUAUCCCCCAGCGAAUCCAACCACGUUCCAAGGGUCGUAAACUGGAUACCACUCCUCAAAGGUGUAUACGCAAUACUCCAAGAAUGGGGGGAGCGGGUCUCGCAGGGCGAGCUAGGGCCUGUCAUCCACCAAGGUGCUACAAAGCCGAUCGAAGACGGUGACUUUUUAACCCUUCCAGCAUCCCUCCUCGACUUAGCCCUUGAGACGCCCCCCACCUCAAGCGUCGCCCACGACAGCGAUGAUGGCGAAGUCGUCGACGCCGUUGCAGCAAAGGUAUACAGGGAUGUGUUGGGCUUACUGCGGGUAGUCUGGAACCACUUCUGGACAACCGGCCACUCGAUCGCCACUAGCAUACAAUUCCUUGUCCUCUUGCCGGAGGAGUACAUUCACUACCUCCGGCAGGAUAGGCCACGCGCGCUGGUGAUAUUCUGUUACUUUUUGUGCACCCUGAAGAAGUUGGAUGGGUACUGGUGGAUCAAGGGAAGCGCCCAGGAGACGUUUGUCAAGAUGGAGAGGAAGUUGAACAUAAGGUGGAGGGAGCGGUGGCUGAAGUGGCCUAAGGGUAUUAUCAUGGGGGAUUGCGAAGUUAUCGAAGAGGGGCCGUUGUAACUAUGAGAAAGUAAAUAAGGUGGGGUGUUUGGGGUGUUUCUCUUUCGGUCUCGUUUUUUGAUUCUUAUAAUACGUGUUGUAUCUGGCGUAACUCGUUUUCAAUUUUUUUUGUUUCUGGCCGCUUGUUCAUGUUUAUUAAUUCAGUGUAGCUUCUGGGGCGGAGUCCUGAAGAUUUUUCGAAAUUCAAUUAUCAUGGCACG